GCGAGUUUGUCUGCUGUUGGUUAGGUGUCUGUUACCUCUGAGGUUGAACGGAGUUGAAGGCUGAGGUUUGACGGCAAAAAGCUGACAAGGACAAUUAUACCGCACAAUAGCUUUUGUCUUUUUUUUUGAUGGUCUUAUUUUGUCAAGGAGGGAAAGAAUUAUUUUUGUUGGGAAAGAAAAGUCGGCACAGCAUUCUGAAGUGAGGUUUGGAUAGUGAACGCUGCCGGGGAUGGCAGGGUCGAGAGCCGGGAUUGGCGGCCUGCUCCUUUGCCGCCAGUGAAGGAGGCUUCCUCCUCCGUCGCCGAUACACGGCUCCGGCGCAGUCCGCCUGAGGGUGAAACAAAUGACAAAGACGUGGAUUAAUCCUUUAGGACCAAACUGUAAUUUGAUUGAAGACCACAUAAGAGGCUUUCGUAGUAGCAGCAGAUGCCACCUGCUGAUCACUUGUAAAGAUUGAUGGCGUAUUUCUGCUUGAUUUUGAUUCCUGAUACACUUAUCACAAAUUUGGACUGAAUAUUGACAAGCCCUGUGGAUGAAGAUAUGUUCCGUAACAGCCUAAAGAUGCUCCUCAGUGGUGGGAAGUCCAACCGCAAAAGCAGAUCAAGUGACAGUGGGAAUGAAGAACAAUCAGAUCGGAGGCAGACAAACAUAGAUUCUCGUCAAAACCGGUUUGGACAAGGUGUGUCCAGUACAGAGAACGACUCUGCUUUUGAACCAGAUUACACUGUCCCAUCCCUGCCAGUUUCGGAAGGAAUGCAGCAUAUCCGGAUAAUGGAAGGAAUGUCCCGCUCCCUCCCCUCUUCUCCACUGCUCACACACCAAUCUAUCAGUGUCCGUCUUCAACCUGUAAAGAAGAUAACAGCCCCCCUGAGGAAGGCGAAGUUUGUGGAAAGCCCUCGAGUCCCAGAGUCGGAGCUCAGCUCCCCAACCAGAACCACAGCCAAGAAGCCAGACUUGGAUACUUUCUGCCCUGGUGACUCAGAACAGGAACUUGGACCCCCACCCUCUGUUGAUGAGGCUGCAAAUACACUAAUGACCCGAUUAGGCUUUCUGUUGGGAGAUAAAGCCUCAGAAGUACAAACAAACACAGAAUACAGUAUGGAGGAACAGGAUGAAAAUCAGACUUCUGCUGAGACUCAGAGAAUCAGCCCCUGCUCCACCUUGACCAGCAGCACGGCAUCGCCACCUGCUAACAGUCCCUGUUCUACACUACCACCUGUUAGUACUUCUGCAAAUGUUAAGGAUUGCUCUUAUGGAACUGUCACCAGCCCAACUUCCACACUGGAGAGCAGGGACAGUGGUAUUAUUGCGACUUUGACAAGUUAUUCAGAAAACGUGGACCGAUCCAAAUAUGGCGGGGAAAGCAGUAAGGAAUCAAGUUCCAGAGCGAAUGUUAAACCUUGGCAUGGUCAGAAAUCUGCCAUGGAUUCCUGUUUAUAUCGAGUGGAUGAAAAUAUAUCGGGUUCCACAUUCAGCUUGAAUAAAUUCCCGGAAAGAAACUUGGAGACUGUCUCAUCUCAAUCCGUUCACUCGAUUCCUCUCUAUUUAAUGCCUCGACCAAAUUCUGUAGCAGCUACAAGCUCUGCCCAUCUGGAAGAUCUAGCUUAUCUGGAUGAACAGCGCCAUACGCCAUUGAGGACAUCUCUAAGAAUGCCAAGGCAGCAUGUAACAGGAGGCCGAACCCCACAGGACCUGCGAGUGCGCUUUGCACCAUACAGACCUCCAGACAUCUCUUUGAAGCCACUUUUGUUUGAAGUGCCCAGCAUCACCACAGAUUCGGUGUUCAUUGGGCGUGAUUGGCUCUUCCAUGAGAUUGAUACGCAGUUAAAGUGUGGUAAUCCCAGUGUGAACAGAGGAGUGGUGAUCAUUGGGAAUAUUGGAUUCGGGAAAACAGCUAUCAUCUCAAGACUGGUCGCCCUCAGCUGUCAUGGAUCUCGCAUGAGACAGAUUGCAUCUGAUAGUCCACAUGCUUCACCAAAACAUGUAGAAAGCAACAGAGAUUUACCACUUACCCAGCCAUCUCAAGGACACCCACCCAUUUCUAGUGGAAGCUGCCCAAGCACACCUGAACUCCGUCGACGUCAGGAAGAAGCUAUGAAAAGACUGGCCACUCAGGUGGUGGCCUACCAUUAUUGCCAAGCAGACAAUGCCUACACCUGCCUAGUUCCAGAGUUUGUACACAACGUGGCAGCUCUCCUUUGCCGAUCACCCCAACUUGUUGCCUAUAGGGAGCAGCUACUGCGCGAACCACAUUUACAGAGUAUGCUCAGCUUGCGUUCCUGUGUUCAAGAUCCUAUUGCAUCAUUUAGAAGAGGAGUCCUGGAACCCCUUGACAAUUUGCGUAAAGAACGAAAAAUUGCCGAUGAAGAUUUCAUUGUCUUAAUUGAUGGGCUGAAUGAAGCAGAGUUUCACAAACCAGAUUAUGGGGACACGAUUGUAUCAUUUCUCACUAAAAUGAUUGGAAAGUUCCCAUCAUGGCUGAAGUUGAUAGUGACAGUUCGCACAACUCUGAAGGAAGUGGCCAAACUUCUUCCAUUCCAUAAGAUAUAUCUGGACAAACUGGAUGUGAAUGAAGCAAUAGAUCAGGACCUACAGGCUUAUAUCCUUCACCGAAUCCACAGCAGCCCUGAAAUCCAGAAUAACAUCUCCCUCAAUGGCAAAAUGGACAAUGCAACAUUUGGUAAACUCAGUACUCAUCUCAAAGCUUUGAGCCAAGGAUCGUAUCUUUACUUAAAACUGACUUUUGACUUGAUUGAGAAAGGAUAUUUGGUGCUUAAGAGCUCAAGCUAUAAAGUAGUACCUGUGUCUCUUGCUGAAGUCUAUCUCUUGCAAUGUAACAUGAAGUUCCCUACACAGUCCUCAUUUGAACGCGUGCUACCACUUCUGAACGUGGCUGUGGCAUCCUUGCAUCCAAUGACAGAUGACCAGCUCUACCAGGCAAUCAAUGCAGGGAAUAUUAAUGGUAGCCUUGAAUGGGAAGACUUUCAACAGAGAAUGGACAACCUUUCUAUGUUUCUGAUAAAACGGAGGGAUAUGACACGGAUGUUUGUUCAUCCAUCCUUUCGCGAGUGGCUAAUAUGGAGAGAAGAUGGAGAGAAGACAAAGUUCCUCUGUGAUCCCAGGAGUGGCCACACUUUGCUGGCAUUUUGGUUCUCUCGUCAAGAAGGCAAACUGAACCGUCAACAGACCAUUGAGCUGGGACAUCACAUUCUUAAAGCUCAUAUUUUCAAGGGUCUAAGCAAAAAGGUUGGAGUUUCAUCCUCAAUUUUGCAAGGGUUGUGGAUAUCAUACAGUACAGAAGGACUGUCCACAGCAUUAGCAUCUUUACGCAAUUUAUACACUCCGAACAUUAAGGUCAGUCGUUUGCUUAUCUUGGGUGGUGCCAAUGUGAAUUACCGGACUGAAGUGUUGAACAACGCCCCAAUACUCUGUGUUCAGGCCCACCUUGGUAACUCAGACAUGGUUGCACUCCUGCUAGAGUUUGGAGCAAAUGUGGAUGCCUGCUCAGAGAGUGGACUGACUCCUUUGGGAUAUGCAGCAGCUUCUGGACACCUUACUGUUAUACAUCUUCUGUCCAAAAAACGUGCAAAGGUGGACCACUUGGAUAAGAAUGGUCAGUGUGCUUUGGUCCAUGCAGCACUGCGUGGCCACUUGGAAAUUGUUAAGUUUCUGAUCCAGGCUGAUUGGACACUGGCAGGGCAACAGCAGGGUGUGUUUAAAAAGAGCCAUGCAGUUCAACAGGCACUUAUCGCUGCAGCAAGCAUGGGAUAUACUGAGAUUGUCUCAUAUCUACUGGAUCUGCCAGAAAAAGAUGAGGAAGAAGUGGAACGAGCUCAAAUUAACAGUUUUGAUACUCUUUGGGGAGAAACAGCACUGACUGCUGCAGCCGGACGAGGAAAGCUUGAAGUAUGCAGACUGCUUUUAGAACAAGGAGCUGCAGUGUCGCAGUCUAACCGGCGAGGGAUUGUCCCACUCUUCAGUGCAGUGAGACAAGGACACUGGCAGAUAGUGGACUUGCUGCUAACUCAUGGUGCGGAUUCAAAUAUGGCAGAUAAGCAGGGUAGAACCCCUCUAAUGAUGGCGGCAUCAGAGGGGCACCUAGACACGGUGGAAUUCUUGCUUUCUCAAGGAGCAGCACUUUCAUUAAUGGAUAAGGAGGGAUUGACUGCCCUCAGCUGGGCAUGUCUGAAGGGUCACCUGCCUGUAGUUCAGUCUUUAGUAGAAAGGGGUGCUGCAACUGAUCAUGCAGAUAAAAAUGGACGGACACCUCUGGAUCUUGCAGCAUUUUAUGGUGAUGCAGAUGUUGUGCAGUACCUUGUGGACCAUGGAGCAAUGAUUGAGCAUGUGGACUACAGCGGUAUGAGACCUUUGGACAGAGCAGUGGGGUGCCGCAAUGCAGCAGUGGUGGUCACCCUUCUGAAGAAAGGAGCCAAGAUAGGUCCAGCGACGUGGGCAAUGGCCACCUCAAAACCGGACAUCAUGAUCAUCCUCUUGAGCAAGCUGAUGGAAGAAGGAGACAUGUUUUACAAGAAAGGAAAAGUGAAGGAAGCCGCACAACGAUACCAGUACGCGUUGAAGAAGUUCCCACGAGAAGGAUUUGGAGAAGACUUAAAAACAUUUCGGGAGUUGAAAGUGUCCCUGUUCCUGAACCUCUCACGAUGUCGGAGAAAAAUGAAUGAUUUUGGAAUGGCAGAGGAGUUUGCAACCAAAGCACUGGAGUUGAAACCGAAGGCAUAUGAAGCAUAUUAUGCCAGAGCUAGAGCAAAGCGAAGCAGCAGGCAGUUUCCAGCUGCCCUGGAAGAUUUGCAUGAGGCUGUGAAGCUUUGCCCGAAUAACCGUGAGAUACAACGCUUGCUGAUACGGGUAGAAGAGGAAUUCAGGCAGUUGCAAUAUGGCCAGCCAUUGCAAUAUGGCCAACAACAGCAACAGCAGCAGCAACCACAACAGCAGCAACAGACUCAGCAGGAAGACAUAGACUCAAUGCAUGAAUUAUAUGAUGAGGAAUAUUUGGAGCAGGAGUUGGACAAUGUAUCUGUUGGCUUACAGGCAGAAACAAGAUCUAGCCAAGGGAUGCCUGUUAUCCAGAGUCCACCACCUUCCCCUGCCCACCGUGAGCCCACCUACAGAUCUAGCUCACCUCUCAACUCCCACCAAGUUUUUGACUACAGACCAAACCCUUCAGUCUCCUCCCCAACUCGGCAGGGAUACCAAUCCACGUCACCGUCAAUUUCUCCCACUCACCAGAACUCUCAUUAUCGGCCAAGCCCUCCACCCACUUCCCCUGCUCAUCAAGGCUCCUCAUACCGCUUUAGCCCACCCCCUGUUAGUGGCCCAAGCAAAGAGUACCAGUCAAGUCCUCCUCCUUCUCCCCUGCGUAGGGCCCCACAGUAUAGAGCCAGUCCUCCUGCAGAUAGCAUGAGUGUAUAUAGGUCUCAGUCUGGCUCCCCUGUUCGGUAUCAGCAAGAAUGCACCAUAGGUCAGCUUCCUGGUAGGCCAAAGUCUCCUUUGUCCAAAAUGGCCCAAAGACCCUAUCAGUUAUCUCAACCUCCAUCAGGGCUACCCCAGCAAGGCCUUAGAUUGCAACCAGCCAAGGCUCAAAUUGUACGCACCAACCAGCCUAGUUCUGCAGUACAUUCUAGUGCUGUUAUACUUGGUGGAUCCUAUAACCAAGGACCUCACUCCAUGAGCACCAAGCACCAGUCUUCAGUGGAUAUGGCUCCUACUCAAAGUCGCUUGGUUUAUCAGCCUGUAAUGAGUGGAGUGGUAGCAGACAGCAGACCAGUCCAGCAUGUGCAGGCGAGUCUGAGUGCAGGUGCAAUAAGUAAUGUCUGUCAACAUCCUGGAACAGUAAUGACUAAAGAGGAUCAUAGCCAAAGGCCUUCUUCAGCCUUUCGAGGAGGAAUGAGGUAUGGCCAGACCCCUCAGAUUGGGCGCAGUCAAUCUGCAUCAUAUUAUCCAGUUUCUCAUUCCAAGCACGAAUUGGAAAGGUCUUCAGUUCCAUCUAGCCAGAUUUCAUCUCCAGAUGUAUCUCACAUGAUCAGGAGGGCACUCACUGUGAAUCCUCCAGAAAUUAAACCUCAUCCACCCACUCCUCGACCACUGCUUCAUUCUCAAAGCACUGGCCUUCGAUUCUCCCCCUCUAACAAUAGCCUUUCUUCUAGCUCUAAUGUUGUGUCUUCAUUUCGACCUUCUGCUUCCAUCCAGCAGAUGGAGAUUCCACUCAAACCCUCCUAUGAAAGCCGAUCCAAUGAAGAACAGUCUCCCAUCUCUCCUACACAGGGUUACCCUGGAGACUCUGGCCGUUCAAGGACCACACCUUUCAUGGGGAUUAUAGAUAAAACUGCUCGGACACAGCAAUAUACCCACAUGCACCAGCAGAGCCGGACAUGGGCUGUGUCCUCUGUCGACACUGUCAUCACCAGCCCCACCUCCUCUGGAGGGAUGUCCCCUCAAUCUGCCUCCUAUAGUCCACCCCCAGUUAGUAAUAUUGCUUUUUUCAAUAAAACUAACAAUGCUCAGAAUGGCCACCUGCUAGAGGACAUGUGUAUCCCCCAUGGGAAGCUGAGCAAUGGAUCUCAGGCAGAGAUCUUGGAGAGGGUUAGUCAGGCUCCCUCAUAUCCAGAUGUAAAGGUGGCUAGAACACUGCCUGUUGCUCAGGCAUAUCAGGACAGCAUAUAUCGGCAGCUUUCCAGAGACUCACGACAAGGGCCAACAUCACCUUUAAAACCAAAGAGACCAUUCGUAGAGUCAAAUGUAUAAAGGCAAUCCUUUAGAUUCUAAAUCCCAUGUUGUGAGCAGGUCUGCUAUUAAACUUCUUGCACAUGUCGCCACACAGUGCACUGUACAAUGAAGCUGCUUCCACUUGCAUUUGAAAUAAGCCAGAGAAAAGAAUUGUAGUGUGUUUAGUUUUAUUUCAUUACUAAAGUAUGUGUAGUUUCUAACUUUUCUAACAAUUGUACAGAAGUUUAAAUGUUGGGGGAAAGAAACAUGAAACGAAAAUCAAAGUAUGAAUGCUUAAGUGAUGAAUGUUAGACUAAUCCAUUAUCAGGUCAGUUCACCUUUUUACUUUACAUAGGUAUGGUUAAACUGUACAAUGAGCAAUUUUAUUUAGGCUUUUUAAGGAAGUCAGACACAUAAAUUACAAUAAGGUGCAGAUAAUGACAUUUAUUUUCAAAAACAAUGCUGUGAUUUGUACAACUUGUAAUCAGUUUACUAUGAUUUAUACAUUAUAGGUGCAUUACACAGAACUGACUGUGUGUUUCCAAAACCUCAAGCACCAAUCUGCAUUUAAUUUCAAAGUCAAUUCUCUGCACUAGCAUGGGAUUAGAACUAUUUUAACUUCAGAGAUAAACAGUAAGUGUUUGUUUUAGCUGCAAGGUUAUUCUGUUUAAUACUGUAAAUGUUGUAUGAAGUUUUGCUCUCUACAGACCUGUAGUUAAUAAUAUUUAAGAAUAUUUUAAGUUAAGUCAACUUGUAUAGGGUAACAUUUUCUACACUUUAUUUUAAACCAGGUGCAACAAUUGCUGAUUGGUGUGAAUAUAGGGGACAUUCCCAAACUGUAGAACUGACUUUCCCUGACAUUCUCCUGCUCCUUCACUGUUCUAUUGGGCAGAAAGACUAUGGGAACCUAGAAGAAGGGAAUAGAUGCCAUGUCUCUGGUGUUCCCAGGGCUAUUUGCCUGGAUAAGAGAAAUAGGCCCUCACUCCUAAGCAACUACAUCUGCUUUGAUUCUUUCUGUAUUUAACUGGCCAACUUUUCAACCUCCUUGCAUUGUGAAGCCUAUCUCACUUAUAAAGUUAAGCACUCAUUCUUGUUGAAGUUUGUAACAUUGCCAGCAGUGGAACACUUCCAGAAUGGACUCUUGUUCUCUCUCCAACGACAACUGCAAAACGUUUCCUUCACAUUCUAUACUGAAUCUUGAGAAAUGUUCAAUAUUUCGUGGCAGUAGGUAUUCCCAAUAAUCUAGGAUCUUAAAAAAAAUUGUAGCAGUUUCUGCUGGUGCUGAAAAGGUAUAACUCAAGGUGCACAAAGCCUUUGGGUAGAAUUGAUCAGUUUGCUAAUUGUAUGAUUUUGCACCAUUGAAUAUAUUAAGCAGUAAUCAGUAAUCCUUAGCCAGAUUCAAUGGCAUUUACCAAAACCCUACCCACUUGCAGUCUAACUUUUCCCUGCUCUAUGUUUGCUUUUUAGACUUAGCUUUCUUUUAUAGAAAUCCGACUGCACUAUCGAAUUGGGGCAGUAUGAAUACUGUAUACAGAAUGAGUCCCAGUUUGCUCUUUAGCUCUUUUUAAGAUGAUAAUUUAAGGACAUAUAAAACUCAUUGUACAUACUUUGAAGCUGCAUUAUUUGUUUGAAUUAACUUUCCUAAAUUUUGCCCCAACUUUAUUCCUGUUGCUUUUGUUUUCAUAUAAAUCCAUCACAGUAAACAGAGAAUGAGUUAUAUACAUCCUGAUUUAAAACUUGAACCAUAUUUGUUAUGGAAUGAACUGGUAUUAAGUUCAUCGCAUGAUCUCCUUACUUCUCCAUAUAUUCCCUAUAAGAAAUGCUUGUCUUCUGUCAAGCAUCAUUUCCCCUCCACCUGCUCAAACCUGGAAGUCACUGCUGACCUGGAAGUCAGCAGGACCUGGAAGUCCUGUUCCAUUUUAUUCAAUUUGCUACCAACAAUUAUUCCCAUCUUUAUUAUGACUUUUUUUCUCCAUCCUCAGUUAUAUUUUCCAAGUGUAUGAAAUUUGCAUGUUGCUAAAUUUUAUUUGCAAUAUAGUUUGCUUUUGCUUUUGGAGUUAUCUCUACUUCACUGCCAUUUAAUUCUAUAAAUAUUUGGAAAUGUCCCCCAGAUGCACUUCAGAUAAAUGAAGUUAUAUGAAGAUAUAUGAAGUCAUUUAGUAUUAAAGUACAAAAGGAUAGGCAAAAAACAUUCAAUCAUAAUGUGCAGCUCCUUAAUUACACCACCCACAUAUUUCAAGAAAUUGUACUGAAAGAUUGCCAUCCAUAUUUCCUGUAUAUGAGUGCACUUUAUUGUUAACCUUUAUAUACUGGAUAGAUAAUUGUGAUUAGUGUUCUCAUUAGGAGAUGAACAGUUGUGAUCCUUGGUGUUAAUUUCACAGAGAAAAAGAGCAUAAUAGUAAAUUUGUAGCACAAAAGGAAUUGCUGUAAAUAAAUGCCACACUUGGCACUAAUCCAGCAUUCUUCAAACACACUUCCUUGGAAACUCCAACAGCGCACAACUUAACUCUCACUUUCACCAUGUAUACAGUGAAAAUAGAGAUGGUACAUGUUACCUGGAAAAGCAUAUAAAACCAUUCUUUCUCAUGUACUUAUAAAAUUUUUGUAGUACAGAAUUCAAUUGUAGAAUCUCACCACUACAUUGAUGAGAGAGAGCCUGUGAUGUAUAAUGGUUUCACCACUUGAUUACAUAAAAAUCUAAAUUAGAACAGCGCAACUAAAAUUGAGAAUGAGUAAAUUAAUUUUCUGCCUGCAAAUUCUAUUGGAUUGUACUUUAGCCAAAAACAAUUGACUUUCAAGGGCUAGUAAGGAGAAGGUGGGGGCACAUGUUAGGAAUAUGGAUGCAUUUUUUGGGUAAUUUCCAUAAAAAUACGUACAGAAAAAAAAACAUUAAUUGACUAACCUGUGCACCUAAAGUGUUGAACUAGUAUCUAAAACCAGAAUUUCUGGAAUUAUUAGAGUGGAUAAACAGCAUUUUCUUUUUCUGAUCCAAGCAAAAUGCACAAUCAGAGUCACGUAUUAGAUGAUUCUCUGAAUAAUAUCUGAGCAUGUCUAUUCAAAUCAGUCUGGUUCUCAAAAUCUAUUUGCAUCCCUUUACUAAUGAAAAAGUAAAUAUCAGUAACAUCAAUUGGAGUUAAGUUGUGUUGGCUGAAGGUUUCCUUUAGCCUGCAGGUUUUAAAUCACAGCAACUUGCUAACCUUUCAUUGUCACUGCAGCUCUAGUUUCAAGUUGCCCAUAUCUCUAACUGGCUUACAGUUCAGAUGUAGGCAUGAUUCCUGAAGUGCAGAUCACUUUGGCUGGGUUUAUGUAAUUGUCCAAUUGCAUAACUUGCUAUCAGAGUGAUCAAUGCAGUGCCACUGCCAACCGAGCCAUGGGAAUAACCCCUCAACAGGUAACUGACAUGACAUUUUAGGACUAAAAUUAUACUCUCUGGCCUAUUUGCAAAAUAUUCAAUACUGUGUGUUUUUAUUAUUUACUUUUCAAUUUAUGAUGUUUGAUAUUAAAGUUAUUGAUAGCUUCUGAUGUAAACAGUAGCCUCACCCUCAGCGCCCUUAUAAUAUUAUGAAUAUCUUACUCUCGUGAUGUUUUGAAGCACUCUCUUUAAAUGUGGCAAAUUAUGAGACAUUAAUGCUUUAUCAUCUCAGUUUCGAAGAUGCAAAUAUACCCAAAUUAAAAUUAAGAACACAUACUGUAUAUUUAUUGGCCAUGUAGUACCUUGGUGCAUGGAUAAGUGAAGGUUGCAAAAUCAAUGCCGUGUAAACCAACAAAAGUUGUCUUAAAUAUGUUAGUGAAUCACCAUGGAGAUGCUGGUUAAAUCAUAUAACAUGUAGCUUCAAAAAGCUGCGUAAAACAUUCAGGAAUCUACUAUUUAAAGUGCCAUGAUUCGACAAUGUAAUUUAGUGAUCACAUAUCUACAUAUAUCUUUCUGAUCUGUUGCUUCUGUCUCUAGUGAUCCCAAAGUCCAGUGUCUAAACUGGCUUAUUUCCCCACAUGUAUCAUAUAGUUAAGGGAGGAAAUUAAAAUAUUGGGGCAAGGUGCAAUAUAUAGUUCAUAAACAUCAAUUGUCAGACCUUCACCAGAAAUAUCAUAUUGAAAAUAGCCCUGUGCAUUUUCAGAACAUUGUUUAUCAUAAUGUACAUUUAAGCUUUCAUUCUGACUUUAAAUGACCUUCUGUAUAUUUGCAGUUAAAAUUAUCAACCUUAAUGGUAUUGACACUCCAGUAGACAGCAUAUUUAUGACUCAGAACUGUCUGAUCUUUAUGUAAUUUGUUCAAAACAGUACAACAUAUAACAGAAACUAAUGUUCCUUCCCAAUGAGGAGUGCAAUGUUAUUUUUUAUUAUUGUGAGUAAAUGAGAUGCAGAAUCAGCUGCGGCAGGGAUGCAUGUCGGUACUUCUUUCAUCCUUGAAAAAGUUAUAACAAAAUACUAACCAUUUGAAUGUAAUUGCAGAAAAUUAUAUUGCACCAUGUGUCACUCCUGUGUUGAUUCAUGGGUUCCUUUAUUUUUGCUGUAUCUAAUAAUGCACCAAGAAGGCAUUUUUACACAGCAAGACACCAGCUGGGGAGCUGUGUAAAAGAAAGGUUUUCUCUCAUGUCUCUCCCUCUUUGUCCACACCACCCUCAUUCUCUCUCCCUCUCUCUUUCGAUGUAAAGGAUUUUUCUCUGUAUAUUAUAAAAUGCAUGUUAUGUUCCAGUUACUGAUUAAGAUUACAAAAGGUUGUGAUAUUGUAUCCAGGUCGUCAUGGGCUGCGGCCCUUUCCAUAUUUUGGAUGGAGAUUUCUCUUUGCUGUAUUGCUUGCUGAGCAGAGUAAUAUUGUCUGUACAUGUGGGCUGUGAAUUAGUGCAAAAACAAAACAAAAAAAAUAAACGAAUGCUUCUGUUUUUAUUUUUCA